GGGGUCGGAUGGAAAAGCUGAGUGGCCCGUCCAGGGCGCCACAGCUGGAUGUCCCCGCCGCGAAGCUCGGGGUCCCGCGCGCUUCUGUCCCCGCCCCGCUUCGCUCCGCGGGGCAUUCUGGGAGGCGCUGUCGCGAGCCUCGGGCCGCUGGGCGGGUUUCCAGAGCCCGCGGCGCGGGGAGGACUUUAUUCUCCAAAAGAGAGAAUUGAAGAAGAAAAGAGGGAUGGCUGUAGGACCUUGUAAAGCCAUGUCCCAGAGUUUGGUGACCUUCAGAGAUGUGGCUCUAGAUUUCUCCCAAGAGGAGUGGGAAUGGCUGGACUCAUCUCAGAAAGAUUUAUACAGAGAAGUCAUGUUGGAGAACUACAGGAACUUGGUAUGGCUUGGACUCUCCAUUUCUAAGCCCAACAUUAUCUCCUUAUUGGAGCAAGGGAAGGAACCUUGGAUGGUGGAGAGAGAGAUGUCAGAUGGUCAGUAUGCAGACUGGGAGUCUUGGUAUGAAAUCAAGGAAUUACCUCCAAAAUGGUACAUUAAUGAAGAGGAAAUAUCACAGGGGAUGGUAAUGGAAAGACUUACAAGUUAUGAACUUGAAUGUUCCAGUUUCAGAGAAGCCUGGAAGUACGAGGGUGAAUUUGAGCAGCGUCAAGGAAAUCAAGAGAGGCAUUUCAGGCAAGUGACAACUCUUAAGGAAAUUUCUGCUCUGAAAAGAGACAGUGAAUGUAAUAAUUCUAAGAGAAGCAUUCUCUUGAAGUCAGUACUUUUAACACAACAGAGAGUCCCCACAGUAGAGCAAGUACAUAAAAUUGAUAUUUAUGAUAAAAUUUUCCCCCCGAACUCAGUCCUAAUUGAACGUAAAAGACUAUACGCUGAGGAAGAAUCCUUGAUAGGUGAUAAAUGUGAAGAAUUCAACCAGAAUACAUACCUUAGUAAAGAUACAGGAAUUUCUUCUGGGGAGCAACCUUAUGAAAGUAAUGAUUUUUCAAAUCUCUUAAGUUUCCACUCUUUACUUACUCAACAUCAAACAACUCAUUUUGGAAAAUUACCCCAUGGGUAUGAUGAAUGUGGUGAUGCCUUUAGCUACUACUCAUUCUUUACCCAACCUCAGAGAAUUCACAAUGAAGAGAAACCAUGUGCAUGCAAUGACUGUGGAAAAGCCUUUAGCCAUGACUUCUUUCUCAGUGAACAUCAGAGAACUCAUAUCGGAGAAAAACCAUAUGAAUGUAAGGAAUGUAACAAAACUUUCAGACAGAGCGCACACCUUGCUCAACAUCAGAGAAUUCACACCGGAGAGAAACCCUUUGCAUGCAAUGAAUGUGGGAAGGCCUUUAGCCGUUAUGCCUUCCUUGUUGAACAUCAGAGAAUUCACACAGGAGAGAAACCAUAUGAAUGUAAGGAGUGUAACAAAGCCUUCAGACAGAGCGCACACCUUAAUCAACAUCAGAGAAUUCACACUGGAGAGAAACCCUAUGAAUGUAGUCAGUGUGGAAAGGCCUUCAGCAGACGCAUAGCCCUUACUCUGCAUCAAAGAAUCCAUACAGGAGAGAAACCCUUUAAAUGUAAUGAAUGUGGGAAGACAUUUGGCUAUCGCUCUCACCUUAAUCAACAUCAGAGAAUUCAUACUGGUGAAAAGCCCUAUGAGUGCAUCAAAUGUGGGAAGUUUUUUAGGACUGACUCACAACUUAAUCGACAUCAUAGAAUUCAUACUGGAGAGAGACCUUUUGAAUGUAGUAAAUGUGGGAAAGCCUUCAGUGAUGCUUUAGUUCUAAUUCAUCAUAAGAGAAGUCAUACAGGAGAGAAACCCUAUGAAUGUAACAAAUGUGGGAAGGCCUUCAGUUGUGGCUCAUAUCUUAAUCAACAUCAGAGAAUUCAUACUGGAGAGAAACCCUAUGAAUGUAAUGAAUGUGGGAAGGCUUUCCAUCAGAUCUUGUCCCUUAGGCUACACCAGAGAAUUCAUGUUGGAGAAAAACUCUAUAACUGUAACGAAUGUGGGAAUAAUUUCAGCUGUGCCUCAGCCCUUAGACGACAUAAGAAAAUUCAUAACAGGGAAACUCUCUGAUUAUGAAAAAGAAAACAUUUGAUCACCACUCAGUCCUUACUAAAUAAAUAUCAGUGAAUUCUUUGGUUAGUAAUUCUAUGAACGUAAUACAUAUGGAAAAGCAUUCUAUUCAUGAACAUCCCUUAUUUGAAAUAGUCUGCAUAGUAGACAUCUGUUACUUUUGGAUCUGUUUUAUGCCCUGAGACUAACUUCACCUUCAAUGCAUAUCAUUCUGAUGAAACUGUUAAUUGGGGAGAGCAGUGGGUUGGUCAGAGGCUGGCCAGUUAUUUCCCUCAACCUAGUGGUUAAUAAGAGACUGGCAAAUGACCAUAUCUGGACCGAUGGAGCCCUGAGUGGAGGGGCCGGGGAAGGGUAGUCAUAUUGUUCUGGGCAGUAAGAGAUCUUUCCCCCACUGGAAUUGCAUGUUUUGAGGAUUUAGUAAGGUUAAAACUCACCCGUAGCCUUUUUGCCACCAUGAGGAAAGCCUUCCCAAGAUAAAUACAACACAGAGGAAAUGGAUAUGAGACAGAAAUCUGAUGAUAAUUGAUCUUCUGGAUCGAGGUAUGCCUGAAGUCUACACCAUCUUUUGCUUUUUAAUUUUUGUGAUCCAAUAAAUUUCCUUUUUUUUUACCUAAGUUAAUUUGAAUUGGAUUUUUAUCUCUUGGAAUUGGAGUUCUGACUUAUACUCUGUAUGUUUGCUAUACAUGUGAGAACAUCCUAAUCUUUUAUAUGACAUAAUUGUUUAUUCUGAGGAAAAAACUUUGAUAUAAAAAAUAUAUGAACGUUGAGCACACAGCCUUCAUAAAGCUAAUAGAAUUGUUACAUUUUAUUUGUUGUUGAAAAUUAAUUUUGUACGAUUAGUUUGUUUCAUAAUAAGGAUGAAUUUUUAAAAAUUCACCUAAAAGUCCUUAACAGGCUUUUUCAUAAAGAAUUAAAAUUAUUUGUAGCAUUGAUUCACCAUAGGCUUUUAAGGAAAGAAUGUCAAGUUAAGAGAAUAAUGGAUCCAUCAGUUUAAUGACUGGCUCUUCAUCUUAAAGGAAUUGCUUGAUUUUCUGUUUGCAAUAUGAGUUUAAACACACUUAAUAGAAGGCAGAGUCCUAACAGCCUCAAAUAGGAAACUCAGAGAGACUCUGGAGCUGCGGUUCCUGUUCCAAGAUCAGAGACAAGGGCUAAAAGCACUGCUGUUUGGGACACAACCUAGAUAUUGGGAGGCAGGACACACAGGUUGAAUUUACAAUCCUGUUUCACAUGAGCAGCUGGCUCCCAGGCAAGCAACUGAAUCUUCUGCUUGAUUUUUACCAUUAAUAACUGCCAUUAACUGUCUACAUAUAUUACAUUCUUUCAGGUAAUACUCAUAAAAACUUGAGAGGCUGAAAUUAUUAUUUAAGUUUUACAGAUAACUAAACUGAGCCUGAAAGAAAUAUGAUCACCUUUUCAGUUUCUCUUAACUGAAAGCACUGACAUCCGUGUGAAGGUCUAACAUCCUGUUCUCCCCCAUAGGUAUGCACAUGUGUUUGAUAUGCACCCUUCAAUGUAUAUGUAGCCCUUAAGUUAUAUGUCUUGUGUUUGAAAUUUACAUUAAUGGUGUUAUGCUAUAAAGGUGUCAUUUUUUCCUACCUCAGCACUGUUUUUCUAUCAUGUUCCUCUGAGCACAGUGCUCUAAUACUAUUCAUUGGUUCUAACAUUUGUGCAGUAAUUCAUAGUAUAUACUUAACUAAUUUUUACUUAUUCAUUCCUGUAAUGAUGAAUACAAUCUCUGGCUGCCACAAAGAAAUCCUAAUAUGUGUCCCCUUGUGGACCUAACCUGAGUUAGAAUAUUUUCCCUAGAAUAUUGUACAAAGGGUUUUCUGCAUGAUUUCACUAGGGACCAUUAGAUUACUUUGUAGAAUGAUUGCAACUGUUUAGAUUCCCACCAGCAGCACCUCUUCCCAUGUCUCUAUAUAUGCACUUGAUAUUGUCUUGCUUGGAUGUUUUAGUUUGCAUUAUUAUUAUUGACUACUGACGAGUUGGAACAUAUCUCCACAUACUUCACAUUUGGGCUCUAAAAGUGUUUCUUCUUACACUGUUCAUCUCAUCAAACAGUUGAUCAAAUACCUUCAUAAGAGUUUGGUUGAAAUUUACUUGUAAAUCUAU